UGGGGGCAGAUGGAGGUUCUAAGUUGGCCUCAGGAAACUCUGGACAGAGCUGAAGCCUUGGGAGGCCUUGGCAGAGGCAUUUGGCUGCUCUUUCUUGCAACCACUGGAACGCGGAGGCAUUGAUGCCACAGUUGUAGAGCACCAGCUGGGAUUCUGAGCUCUAAUGGGAAACAGCCUUGUCUCCGUGAAGCUUGAAGCUGGGCAUCCUGGGGGCCAUGCAGAGGGCUGGGGCAGGGGGUCGGAGGGCCUCCGACUGCGGGCCUGCCCCUUACCGGCCCAGGUGCAUCACCAAGUUUGCCCAGUAUGUGGGCUCCUUCCCUGUGGAUGACCUGGACACCCAGGACAGCGUGUGGCUGGUGCAGCAAUGGCUGUGGGCCCUGAAGGAUUGUCCCCGUCGCCGCGCUGUCAUCCUGAAGUUCAGCCUUCAGGGCCUCAAGGUCUACAGCGGGGAAGGAGAGGUGCUCCUGAUGGCCCAUGCCCUGAGACGCAUCCUCUAUUCCACCUGGUGUCCUGCCAAUUGCCAGUUUUCCUUCAUCGCCCGGAACCCACGCAGCCCCGCCAGCAAGCUCUUCUGCCACCUUUUUGUGGGCAGCCAGCCUGGAGAGGUCCAGAUCCUGCACCUGCUGCUCUGCCGCUCCUUCCAGCUUGCUUACCUCCUUCAGCACCCGGAGGAGAGGGCGCAGCCUGAGCCCUGCCCGGGGCCUGCAGGGGACGUGUCCCUGAAGCCACUCUCCAGCCCUGGGGGCCCCCCUGCUAUGGUGCGGGAGCCCUUCGGCCGUGAUCAGCUCUCACAGAACGUCCAUGCUCUCGUCUCCUUUCGGCGGCUGCCUGCUGAGGGGCCAGUGGGUGGCGGUGGGAAGGAGCUGCCAGAGUCCGAAGGCCGUGGGGGUGCCCGCCAUGCCCGCCUGGGGAAUCCCUACUGCUCGCCCACGCUGGUGCGCAAGAAGGCCAUUCGCAGCAAGGUGAUCCGCUCCGGGGCCUACCGAGCCUGCACCUAUGAGACACAGCUGCAGCUGUCGGCUCGGGAGGCCUUUCCUGCUGCAUGGGAGGCAUGGCCCCGCACUCCUGGUGGUCCCUCGUGCCUGGUGGAGAGUGAGGGCAGCCUGACAGAGAACAUCUGGGCCUUUGCUGGCAUCUCCAGGCCCUGUGCACUGGCCCUGCUACGGAGAGACGUGCUAGGAGCCUUCCUGUUGUGGCCUGAGCCAGGCACCAAUGGCCAGUGGUGCCUGUCUGUGAGGACACAAUGCGGGGUGGUGCCCCACCAGGUCUUCCGGAACCAUCUGGGCCGCUACUGUCUAGAGCACCUGCCUGCAGAGUUCCCCAGCCUGGAGGCCCUGGUGGAGAGCCACGCUGGGACUGAGCGCAGCCUCUUCUGUCCCCUCGACAUGGGCCGCCGGAACCCCACCUACGAGGAGCAGGACAGUGGGCCUGAGGGCAGGCCCCUGCGGACUCUCCGGCCCCUGGGCCAUGCCAAGUCUGAGGCUGAACUUCAGGGCCUGGGCUAGGCCCUGCUCCAGGACUCCCUUACCCAGCCCCCAGGCCUUCAUAGCUGCUCUGCCCUCCCUGCUCCCCACUGGCCACCAUUCCAUCGGUCUCUGCCCCGGACCAGUUUUCCAUUGCUUUGCUGCCCGUGGGAGGGGAGCCCUGACAUUGGAGAUUUUUCAGUGGCUUCUCAUAGGACACGUAGUCCUCCAAGGUUCCAGGCAGAGCUACAGGGGUUCCAUAUCUUCUGAAUGGCUUUGGGGCUUGUCCUGGCUUCCACUCUGCUCCUCGCACAGAGCUAUCCAAGGGUUAGGAGGCUUGCUCACCAGCAGAGGUGCAGCCUUUCCUAAAGAGACCAGGUCUCUGGAGAGCUCCCAACAGGAACCAGACACAGAGGGAGUGUAGUGCACCAGCUCCGCUAGCCAUUUGGCUGCCAGGGCCCAGGGUGCAUCUAGCAGUUAGCUGCAGACUGCAGUCAGUUUGGGGACUGCCUUGGGAAGCCACCUGAUGCUGGCAUUUCCUUUAAUGCAGUGCUGACCACAGCCAUCAGGGGCUGUCCCACUUACCAGGCUAGUCCCACUGGGGAUGGGCAGAGCAGAACCAUCCACAGGUAGAAGUAAUGUGAGCCCUGCUAGAGGAGGCCUGGCCUCAGCUGGCUAUGGGAGAUGCAGGAACCAUCUAGUGUGACUGAUGAGUCCAGGGAUCCCCCUCAUCAGUAAGCUCACUGACAAAUGUGAAUCUGCCUGAUUAAGUGAUGAAACAAGUUCAUUUUGGAUGAACUUCUAUCCUGAGGCAGAGGCCCAGUCAUGCGUCAGGGGACCACCUUCUUCCCAUCUGGGGGUGGCAUGUGCCUGUUCAGUGCCUUGGAGGUAAUGUAUUUCUGACUCCCUGAGGGAGAAGGCAGCACCAGCAGGAUAGAAAGAAGGGAGGCAACCCCGGGAGGGAGAAGGUGGCCUCUUGGAGGGUCAGGCCUGCGGUGUCUGCAUCCAGCCCCUCACCAGACAUGAUCUGGCCAGGGACCUUGUCAAGUAAGGUGUCUGUUUCAGGGGAUAGAGGGGACAUGUCCUCAGGGACUUGUCAUUGGAAACGUGCCUGACUUUAUCUGAAUGGAGGUGGGAAGCUGGGACUCUGCAGCCACCCCCGAAACCCACCCACUGCCCCUGCAGAGCACUGGCCAGCUGUGGGAGGCCCCAGCUCCGAGAGGGGUUUAGUGAUGCCUUGGGCCUAGGACAGGAGCAUCAGAGAUGUGCACUUAAGGGAACCAGUGAUAGGCCCAGACUUGGGCAUGGCUCAUCUCUGGGAGGGCUGGGGUUUUUUGUGUCAAUUACCUGUGUGGACAAGAGAUUGCGGGGAGGGGAGGUGUUCAGCACACUGAAGGGACAGGCCUUCCCCAAGCUCUUUGACAUUCUUCAAAUGGCCUUUAUUGGUGACAUGUUAAAAAAGAUUUUUGGGCCACGCCUGCGGGCUCCCCGUGUCUUGAUUAGAGACCACAUUUUUUGUCCUUGUUCCUACCAGUGCCACUGGAGAGCCCAGCUUUCCUUACUGUGUGGACUUUGAAACAAAUAAAACUCAUUUCUUCA